AUGAUGAAGUUCAUACUUGUUUUUAUUAUUAUCAUUUUCGUAAAGGACGCACAACCGAAUUCGAUAAAUCAAGUAAUCGACCAAAUUCAAAAUGAAUUGGAUAUUUAUACCUUGUUACUGUUUGUUAAUCAAGAAACCUUCGAUGUCUUGGAAAGUCCAAAUCUACCACAAUUGGUAAUAGGCGGCAAUGAAACAGCCAAGGAUUUAAGAAGAUCUCAAGGACAACGAGUUUUAAGUUUUAUUCGCUUGGAUGUAUUCGGCCUCGAAGAUUUGAAUGAAUUUAUAAAACCUUCGUUGUUGAAUCUCCAUUUGGCUGAUGUCUUGUUUUACACGAAUUCAACGGAAUUGGAAGAAGACGAAUGGCAUUGGUUGUUUCAGUGGUGUUGGACGGAAGGAUUCUGGCGUGUCCUGUUAAUGAAUGCAGCUGAAAUGUAUCUCACCAUGGAUUCAAUACCAGAAAUGAAUAUUAAAAGUGUCAAUUUGAAUGAUUACAUUGUCAUGAGGAAAAAUCGCGUUGUAAAUCUGCAGGGUUAUCCCGUAAAGGUUGCAGUAGGCAGCAAACCACCUCGUGUUAACGCCUUUUUCGACGAAGAAGGUAAUCUACAACUGGGUGGAUAUUAUGGUCACAUUGUCAGUAUGUUUAUCUCUCGGUUCAAUGCCACCAUGGAUUACGUCAUUAUGCCCAACAUGUCGUCAUACUCGAUACUAAGUUGUAUAGAGUCGAUUUUGGAACAAACCUCGGAUAUUUGUAGUGAUGCCAUACUGUUUGGCAAUGGCAUCGAGACCACCCGACCUUUGCAUGUGGUGUCCAGUCAUUUGGUGGUACCGUUCGAUAAACCUCUGGAAAACUACAAUUAUUUUCGCAAACCAUUCACCAUCGAUGUGUGGAUUUGCAUUGCAAUUAGUUUUAUUUCGACCAUUGUUUUGCUGAUUCUGAUCGAGUACAAGGAAUAUGUGUGGAACAUCUGCCACCCAUAUAUCACUAUGGUGUUGAGACAAUUUGUUUUCACCGAAGAGGAAGCUGUGAGGAAUAUGCAGCUACUAAAUACGGACUAUGUAUAUUUUGGCAUUAACGCUGAAACUGAUUUCUUCUUGUACCAGCAAAAGUAUUUAUCACGUCCUCGCAUGAAGAAAUUGGAGGACGAGGCCGUGACAACUGAUAUUGGAGAAAUUCCAAUGAGGGCAUAUUGGCCGUUGCAGGAUCUUCUAAUGUCUCAUAUGGAAAAUAUUUUUGCCAGUGGAAUUACAAUGUACCUGGAGACGGAAACCUUUGAGGAGGGCAUACGACAAGGGGAUAUAUCAUUUAUACCCAACAGGGAUUUAUAUGUGGAGCCAUUGUCGUUGGAAUAUUUUGUGUUGUGUGGUUUACUCUUGGCUGGUGGAUACUCAAUCUCAUUUUUGUGUUUUAUUAUUGAAAUUGUUGUCAAUAAAUAUCGUGGACGAAAAUAA